UGGAACAAUUAUUAACAUACGAAUUAUGACCUUUGUCCUCACGAGUUUAGUUUUUCUGUUUCCUGCUUUUGUACUUUGAUCAAAUUACAAGAUUUUCAUAUAUAUAUAGGUGGCGGAUAAUGAUUAUUUGCAUACACAGUUCAGGCUUCGAAGGAUCAAGAGAUCAACAUUAUUAUCAUCCUCCUGUAUAAGAGUACAAAGUCUAAUAAUACAACAUGUCGAAAUUCACUUGUUUUGUUUUGUGCGUUUUGGCUGUGAGCUUCUGCGAAGUUCGCUCCAAUGCACUGGAAAAGGCAGCUAUCCGUGCGGCCGUGUACCCUCUAAUAGUGGAUUGUGCGAAAGAGCACGGCGUCACCCUGGAACAACUGAAAGCUGCCAAGGCUUCACACAGCGCUGAGGGUAUCAACCCCUGUUUCCAGAGCUGCGUCUAUAAGAAAACUGGAAUCUUUAAUGACAACGGUGAAUACGACGUCGCCAACGCUAAGACCAAGCUCCAGAAGUUCGUGACCGAUGAAGACGAGUACGCAAGAAUCGCUGAAGUUGGCAAGACAUGCGCUGCAGUGAAUGACAAGUCUGUGAGUGAUGGAGCCGCUGGAUGUGAGAGGGCUGCGCUGUUGACAGCUUGCUUCUUGGAGCACAGGGCUCAGCAGUACAACAUGUCUAAGUUCACUUGCUUGCUUCUGUGCUUCGUGGCUGUGAGCCUGAGCAAAGUUCAUGCCACGGAAGAGGAGAAGGAGGCUAUCCGUGCGGCCGUGAGGCCUAUCAUGCAAGCAUGCGGUAAGGAGCACGGAGUUACCCUGGAUGACCUGAAGGCCGCUAAGGCUGCACACAGCGCUGAUGGCAUCAAGCCCUGCUUCCAGAGUUGUGUCUACAAGAAAGCUGGAAUUUUCAACGACAAUGGUGAAUAUGACAUCGCCAACGCUAAGACCAAGCUCCAGAAGUUCGUGACCAAUGAUGAGGAGUACGCCAGAAUCGCUGCCGUCGGCAAGACAUGCGCUUCAGUGAAUGACAAGCCUGUGAGCGAUGGAGCCGCUGGAUGCGACAGGGCCGCACUCUUGACAGCUUGCUUCUUGGAGCACAGGGCUGAGAUCAUCAUCUAAAUGCCUCAGCGAGAUAACUAACACGCAGCCAUCAAUCUCUGUUCCUAUGUAUUAAGUUCAAUAAAUCCGUUUUAUUUUAUAAA